AUGACUAAGGUUGGAUAUUUAGCAUUUGCCUUUCUGUAUUUGUUCGUUUCUUCGGCAGAAAGUUCGUUACAGACUGUUAAUGGGACAAUUCACAUGACCCUUGGAGUAAGCGCGGGCUGUUCAGACGCUGCUAGAUUUAUUCAGAACCAACUUGGCCAAGUCUAUGAAUUAUAUAAAGAAUUUCUAGAGAUAGAAUUUGUUCCGUGGGGCAGAACAACAAGAGACGCAAACGGAAAUCUGAACUGUUUCUUUGGCGAAAAUGAUUGCUGGUCAAAUCGCCUUCAAAGAUGUGUACUGAGUUUACUCACUGGAAAUGCAGAUGCUCAAAUCCAAUACAUGACAUGUGAGUAUUCUCCGCCAUUCCCUGCUUUCCGGCAAAGAAGUUUCCAGUGUGCUCUGUCUGUUGGUUUAAAUGUGGUUGAGGUUGAUUAUUGUUUCUCAACAACGAUUGGUGACGCGCUCGAAGUUCCUGCUGAACAAGCGUCUAUACCGGCUGUCCAAACAAUAAAUUUUAUUCCUUUCAUCAUUUUCAACAACAAUAUUGAUGUUACUCAGCACGCGCAAGCGUACCGACGACUACAAAGCACAAUUUGCUUCGCAUUAGCUGACGAUCCGACCACAGGAAUAACGCACUGUAAAGUUUAA